UACAAUUUUCAGAAUGUGCAUUUUAGCUAAAUAGUAACACCUUAAACAGAAGUUUCUCUGUUGUGACCAAAAUAAACUGAGCUCUCUGUGCUGCGUACUGCACAGAAUGAACAUUGGCAAAAUAGCCGAGGGGCCUUAUGAGAAGCAUCUUGCACUCGUCUGGGGUUAAACUGUAAAGUCCAGCUAUUAUCUCUCUGUGUGAUCUGAAGGAAGGAACACGUGUGAAUUUAAUGACUUUGUAUGGUGGAACGGUGUUCACGAGCUCUUGUUCUAUCCUUUGGUGUCUAAACUAAAGAAUGAAAUCAUGGUUCUGAGCCACCGAAUUUUCCUCCUGGGUCUUGUACUGCAUACCUGCCAAUGGGCAAUCGCACUGGAGCGAGUUGACUGCAACAGUUCGCCAGAAGACAAAUGUGACUUUGUUUGUGACUGCAAAGACUGUACAGAUGAGCAAGACUGUGGGUACCUUGGAAGAGACUUUGUGUGUGAUUUCGAGCAUGAGGGGAUGUGUGGAUGGACUGACCAGUCUGAUGAGGGUGCAUACAUGUGGCAGAGGCAGCAGAGAGAAAACACACUCCCUGACAGUGGACCAUCCUCAGAUUAUACCACUGGCACCUCUACAGGCUGGUUCAUGGCUGUAACGGCUGUGACUUCAGACACUCCCAGAACUGCUGUGCUUGAGUCCCCAAAGAUAAACCAAUCCGCCCCCACGUGCCGCCUUCGGCUCAGAUACUUCAUCUGGGACUCAGGUCACACAGGUCUGGGUGAUACCCCACUGUGGGGGUCAGUGUGGCAAACUGAUGGUGAGCAAGCUGUGGUAUGGAGGCCAGAGAGCUCCAGUAUCCGUGGCUGGAGGGAGGCAACUAUUUACCUGGGGCGAAUUCUGGGCCCUUUCCAUAUCCGGUUUCAUUCCAGACGCUCUGAAGGGAGGCAGGGAGACAUGUCCAUUGAUCAGCUGGAAUUCCUAGAUUGUGCCCUACCUAUUCCACCUGAAAGUGGAACAUGCAGUCCUGGUUUUUUAAAGUGUAAGCGGGGUGGAUGUCUGGAGUACUACAAGGUGUGUGAUGGCACUGAUGACUGUGGAGAUGGAACAGAUGAAGAGAACUGUGAGCAGUACAUGAGCUGUAACUUUGAGGAUGACCUUUGUGAUUGGGACUUACGGCCAGCAUCAUCUUUGAAAUGGAUAAAGACUAAUCAAAUGAAUAUAUCACUGUCUGAACCUCUUAAAGGACCUGGGAGAGACCACUCGACUAAUACUAUGGCAGGCCAUUUCUUGUAUGUAACUAAGCCAGAUGUCCUAAAGAGUGAUUGGGCAAAUUUUCAAAGCCCUCCCCUGGCACCAACUAAUCACACACACCCUUGUCGGAUGGUCAUGUACACACAUCAGUUUGGUCCAGUGUCUGGCGGACUUGCUGUAUUGGUCGCAGAGAGACAAAUCUACCCUGUAUGGGAGCGUGGAGGUUCUCACGGGGAUCUGUGGGUAAAGAAUGAGGUGGAGUUUGUUGUCAAUAGCACGUUCCAGAUUCUGUUUGUUGCUGCCAUACGAGACAAGGCUUACGGAGGGAUCGCUGUUGAUGAUAUUGUUUUGUCCCCUGAAUGCCGCCUAACCAAUGAAUCAAUGCCAGUGCCAAUCUUUCCAAAACCUCCUGCUCGCCCCUGCACAGAGGACAGUCACUUCUGUGACUUUGAGAUGGACUGUUCGAAUGCAGAAGAUGAGGCUCAGUGUGGGGACUUCUCAUAUGAGAAAGGCAGUUCUGGUUGGACAGACACCAGUAUUGGGAGCCAGGCCUGGGAGCUGAUGCUAGAGUAUAAUGACUCCAUCAAAGUGGAGUUCCUGUUUCUUACUAGCGCUCCUGGGCAGCACCUUAGUGAAGCCCAAACUCGUACCCCUCUCUUGGGUCCAUCAGGUCCUGCAUGCUCCCUACAAUUCUCCUACCGUCUCAAUGGAAAUAACACAGAUGAGCUGUCAGUGUAUGUUGUAGACAGUGUGUUGGGUACUCAACCUGUUCUGUGGGAGUUUUCUGGAAGGACCAAUGAGAUGGCAGGGAUUUGGCUAAAGGAGAAUGUCUAUAUUGGAGCCAGAAAUCAUCGCUUUCAGUUGGAGUUCAGGGCUCGUGCUCAAGAGAUCUCCCCGAGCACCCAGAUCGCAGUUAAGGAUGUUUACUACUUUGACUGUCAUCCUCAGUACAUCCCCUCUGGUGAUUUGUCAUGCAAUUUUGAGGUGAAUUUGUGCGGAUGGUACCAGGACCAAAAUGACAAUUAUGACUGGAGAAUUCACAGUGGAAUGGACCACACCAUCCAUGAUGGUAGCAGUCUGGUGGUGAAUAUGUGGGACCCUUUGUUACGAGGACUGUCUGGACGUCUCCUCUCAGUCAAACAGGAGUCUUUUAACACAGAGCACUGUCUCACCUUCUUCUACAAACUCUAUGGGCCAGACACGGGUGCUCUUGCUGUAAAGUUGCUAUUUGCUGAUGGUACGGAAGAGGUGUUGUGGAUGAGCAGUGGUGCCCAUGGCAACAUCUGGCAUGAGGGCCAUUGCCCUGUGCCUCCUCAGCUAACUGCCUUUCAGUUGGUGAUUGAAUCCAUUCGUUCUGGUUUUGAUGGACAAUUGGCUUUGGAUGAUGUGGCAUUUGUGUCAGGGUCAUGUUCUCUGCCCACCAUGUGCUCAUUUGAGAGUCAGACUUGUGGCUACACCAGUUCUGGUAAAGCCAAGUGGAUACACCAGAAUUGGGCAUCAGCCAAAACUGGCCCCAAGACUGACCACAGUCUGGAUACAGAAAAGGGGUUUUACAUGCUGGCUCACAGUGGUGCGGAUGUUCUUCCCCUGGGCAGUGUGAUGACCUUGACCUCUCCUGUACGCUCUGGUUUGAGUCACACUGAAUGUGUACAUUUCUGGUACUAUACAGGAGGAGAUAAUCCAGGCACUCUGAAGGUUUAUGUAAAGCCAUCAGAUGGAGACAGUACAAUGUUAUUCUCCAGCAGUUUCAGGCUGGGACAUGCUUGGCAUCGUGGCCAGGGGAAUGUCAGUUGGCAUGGGGACUGGCAGCUGCAGUUUGAGGUAGAGGGAGGAGGGGGAAAAGAGAGUUAUACUGCCAUUGAUGACAUCACCUACUCAACCCACAGCUGUCCCACAACAGAUAGUGUCUGUGAUCUAGAAAGAGGUCUGUGUGAAUGGUCCAACACUCAGAACCCAUCACUAGACUGGUUAGACUGGGACCUGAACAGUGCACAAGCAGAGACAUUCUACAGCACACCACCAAAUGACAACACACUGCACACAGAAGAAGGUCACUUCCUGUUUCUUCCUAACUCUCACAGGGACACUGCUUCCCAGAAUGCCUGGCUGCUGAGCCCUCACAUGGAACCAACCAAUGAAUGCUGCCUGAGUUUUUGGGUUUAUCAGCCCACCCUACAUGACAGUAAACUCAUUGUGUGGAGGCUAUCUGAAGGGGGCAAACACGAAUUGCUGACACUGGAUGAAGAGGAUGGAGGCUGGAAACAUUUCCGUGUCAAUAUCACCUCUGAAACAGAGUACCAGAUUGUAUUUGAGGGAUUUAAAGGACAGAAGGGUUUUCUUGCCCUGGAUGACAUAAAGUACACAGUUGGAGUGAACUGUGCAAUGACAGACCAGAAACCAUCACCGUCCUCUAACACAGGGGCGAUUGUGGCCUCUGUCAUAGUCGUCAUUCUGCUCUUGAUAGUUCUCUCUGCCUUGCUUGUAUACUACCUGAAAACUAAAGAGAGGUCUGAUGCUAUAAUACAGGACACAUCUCAUGUAGCCUGCAAUGGCUUUGGGAAUGUCAUCUAUGAAUCCAGUAGUACUGAACAUGUGGCGGAGGUGGAUAUGAAAAUGACCACAUAGGAGGAUGUUUUGGUGAUUGCGUCAUCUACUUGCGGACUCCAGUCAAAACUGGUGCCAUCACAGCAGGAGAACUGCUUGAUCGUGGCACAACUAGCCUAGUCACAAAACAUAUAAACAUGCAUACAACAUACAAAUACAAAAUACACUGACCUUAAGCAAUAGUUCAUCUUUACUAUAAGCACAAGAACAUCCUGUAAAGUAUUGGGGUCAAAUAAUCCUGAAGUCUACCUCUCCAGAUCAUUAAUUUGACUGAACUGAUGCUAUAGUCACUGCUAUUUUGCUGCCACAAGAAGAAGCCUUUAACCCAUAACGGGUUCCAUCUGACCAUCUCAUCUCAUUUUACUGUAUUAUUCAAAGAGAAAUGCAUUGAAGACAAGCAUCAUCCAAUCUUAUGCAAUAUAAUUAAAGAAUGCAUGAACAGCACUAAAUUCUAAAGUGUGCUGUUACAUUGUUGUUCAUUUUAGGUUUAAAGCAGUGAGACAAAUUAGUAGUGUUGGUUCAUAGAUUAAAUCAUAUAUUGUAUUCCCACUCUGUAUAUAUGAAAUUGUGAAAUUAUAUUGAGCAUUUAUUAAAUACAAAUUGUCUUAUUGUCAAUUAAGACAUAGCUUCACUAUGCAAAGCACUUUGAAUGCCUAGAAAACCACUAUAUAAAUGUAAGGAAUUAUUAUUAUUAAUUAAUAGAAAUAUUUGUAAUUUGAAAUUCCCAAUUUUUUUUUUGCUAAUUUUAUGAUUGAUAAUCUGAACUUUAGUAAAGUUACACUGUAAGAAACAAUAAAGAGCA